AUGAAUUUGAAGAUACUUCUUCUUCUCUUUUGUUCUAAUUUUUUACUUCUAUAUUCAAUAACCGAUGCUUGUGAUAUUAAUGAAUGGAGAUGUGAAACAGGCGGUCGCUGUAUACCAUUAUCAUGGCGUUGUAAUCGAAUUAAUGAUUGUACUGAUGCAUCUGAUGAACGAAAUUGUAUUUAUCCACGAUGUUCGGAUUCACAAUUUGAUUGCGGUGAUAGAUGUAUACCUCGUUCAUGGGUAUGUGAUGGUGAUAAUGAUUGUGGAAAUAAUACUGAUGAACAAAAUUGUCCACCAAGAAGAUGUUCAAGUACACAAUUUCAAUGUAAUGAUUCACAAUGUAUAGAUGCAUCCAUGAAAUGUAAUCAUGUAAAAGAUUGUAACGAUGGUAGUGAUGAAGGAGCAUUUUGCAAUUAUCGUCAAUGUGAUAAUUCAACUGAAUUUCAAUGUGAUAUACAACGAUGUUUACCAUUAACACAAAAAUGUGAUGGUUAUUAUAACUGUGAUGAUCGAACUGAUGAACUCAAUUGCAAUAGUACAGCAUGUUCAACAUAUCAAUUUCGAUGUGUAUCCGAUGGUAGAUGUAUACCAAGUUAUCAACGUUGUGAUUUUCGUUUACAAUGUUUUGAUGGAUCCGAUGAAGUGAAUUGUACACGACCUAAUUGUACAACAUCUCAAUUUCGAUGUGCUAAUGGAAGAUGUAUACCAUCAUCAUGGGUUUGUGAUCAGGAUGAUGAUUGUCUUGAUCGUAGUGAUGAAAU